UGCUAGUCUAGUGAUUAAGUCUAUGGUUUCGUUUCUGGGUUUGCCCGAGGAGGACUCAAGAGCACGAGAGAAAAGUGGGAGGGAUUCGAGUUAGAAUUUAGAAAUUUGGCGGGUGAUUGAGAGAGUGAGAAGAGGACGGCAAAGGCGGCGAAAGGAUCCAAAGGUUUAAAGAGAGAGGGAGGGAGGCUUUCCUUUCCCAUAGAAAGACCAGUCUGAAUAUAAACGGGAACGGAGGGAAUUCUAAUUGGCAAGCUAGUUGAGGAGGUGAUCGGGUUGAGGAGGCUGGCGGGGUGUAUCUGGAAAGGGCAUCUGGGUCGCCAGGGAAGGGGAUAUUUCCCGCCAUUGUGAGAAGAAGGGGGCAGCGGAAGAGCAGCACAGAAGUUGCGAGACAUCCCCGAGAGGAAUCUUUGGAAGAAGGAAAGCGGAGAUCCGUGAGAGCCUCUUCAUCAUUACAAGAUGGCUUAACGCAGCCCAGCCUUAUGCAUAAUUUCCUCGUAAGUCCGUCUGAGUUCGCUGGGGACCUAUUGUUCGAGGCCAGGCAUGUCGUGGUAUUCAUGACUCCCAGUAUUUCCAGUGGACCUUGAGGAAGCACCCACUGGUUCUUGUAAGAACUGGUCUCACACGUUUACACUGUUGUUCUUGUGCAUCUCUCAAGCAGACAAGAGUUCUUCUGUUGAGUCUCUGCUGGUGCUGCUGAAAAAAUGGAUGGAAAUGAUAACUUAGACCUCUUAACUUCCCUAUUGGAAGAGAAUGAGGCACCUCCCCCAGAAGAUUCUAAAGAGAAUGGUGGUGAUGCAACUGGAGAGCCAGAUGAGUACGAUGAACUCUUUGAUGCAGAAGCUGAUACAUCCUACACAGAAGAGGUGGAGGCUGAUGAGGGAGAGGAUAAUGACCACAAAGAAAAUAUGGCUGAAUUGUUUGGAGAUAUAGGUGACCUGUCGGAGGAGGAGGAAACUGUUCAAAAGAAGCCCCAUCAUCCAGCUAUUGAUGAGGCAAAGGAGAAGACCGGUCAAGAUCUACAAGAUGAGUUGAGGAAAUUGCAAGAACAGAUGAAGGUAUUACAGGAACAGUUAAAAAUGACAGCAAUAGGACAGCAAACUCACUCUCUCCCUAACAAGAAAGCGUUUGGUACAUUGCCUGUUGCCCUCUUAAAUGAAAGGAAACCUGCAAAACUUCAAGAGUCACCAUGUUUCGCAGCACAGCUCAACAGUCCUGCUUUGCCACCAUGUAAGGGACAGGGCCAAAAACCUUCAUCUUCAGAAAAUAAAAGACAUGCCCCAAGGCCAACUUCAGGUUUGUUGCCACAACCUCUGAAGUCUAUCACUGGGAACAGGCCUGGUUUGAGCACCAGUCAGAAGUCUCAAGUGCCAAAACGUUCCAGUGUAAUUGAUCAGGAAGUCUCCAUAGAAACCUUCUCUGGCCUGAGGUUAAGAAAACCCCGUGUGUCCUCAGUUGAGAUGGAGAGAAAAAUGGCAGGCCGGAAAUGUAUUAGACUCUCUCAGUUGCAAGGCAAACUUGCUUCAGUAAAUCUCGAGGAAACAGAUUGGGUAACAUUUGGAAUCAUAAUAAAGAAGGUCACGCCUCAGAGCUCUAAUAAUGGCAAAACCUUCAGCAUCUGGCGCUUGAUUGACCUGCAUGACUUCAGCAAAUGUGUCUCAUUGUUUCUGUUUGGUGAUGUUCACAAAGGUCACUGGAAGACAGACCAAGGCAUGGUCAUAGGACUGCUCAAUGCUAAUCCCAUGAAACCAAAAGAUGGUUCAGAUGAGGUGUGUGUGUCUGUUGAUCAUCCCCAAAAGAUCUUAAUUUUGGGUGAAGCCAUGGAUUUAGGAACCUGUAAAGCUCGGAAGAAAAAUGGAGAACAUUGUACACAGCUGGUUAACCUGAAUGAAUGUCAAUAUUGUCAGUAUCAUGUGCAGUUCCAAUACCGAAGGCUCAGUUCAAAGCGGGCAGAUCUGCAGUCAACCUUCUCAGGUUCCCAGGCUCCAAAAAGGGGAGCUAAGAAGAACCUUGGCUUGAAAGAGAGGCUUUGUCAGGAUGGUUUUUAUUAUGGAGGUGUUUCCUCUGCAGCCUAUGCAGCCUCCGCUGCAGCAGCUGCUGCUCCUAAGAAGAAGAUCCAAACCACUCUGUCCAAUUUGGUUGUAAGAGGAGUUGACGCAGUUCUUCAGGAAACAAAGCAAAAACUGGAUGUGCCAAAGCAACCUUUACCAUGUUCCGAGGAAUUCAAAGGACUGUUGGCAAUGCCCUCCUUUGGAGCACGAAACCUAAACAAACACUUGGCUAAAGCCAGUGCCACAGAGUCUGCUGGGAAGCAAAGCCUGACUUUCCAGUCUAUCUCUGCUUCAGCACUCCUUAAGCAACAGAAGCAACAAAUGCUGGAAACCAGAAAAAGGAGGUCUGAAGAGCUGCAAAGAAGCUUUCUUCAAGAUACCAGUAAUGCAAACACACCAGCAUUACCAUCCUCCACAGGGAUAUCUAUGCUACGGUCUCCAACACCAGGAGCUGAGUUUCCCAAAGCUGCCAGAUUGUCAACUCCUCAAACACCGAAACUUGCCAUGGGCAUUUCUGAGGGAGAUGAUGUUCUCUUCUUUGAUGAUUUGCCUCCUCCCGGACCCAAACUGAAUGCCUUGGCAGAAGCUAAGAAGAUGGCAGCUGUAAACAAACUGCGUUCAAAGGGCUGCAUUCUCUCUAAAAUUGACCCAAAUAACAUAAAACGUAAACGAUCUGAUCUCGACGUUCUAGAGAUUGCAGAGAGAGUUGAGAAAAAUAUCCCCAUUUUGGAAGAUGUUGGUGCUGCAGAACCUACUCAAAAGAAACGAUGCCAGCAGCUUGCAUAUUUGGAGUCUGAAGAAUUUCAAGAGAUUUUGAAUGCUCGAUCCAAACACACAGGUGUCCUUAAGGAGUUUGAGGCUGAAUUGCAGGAAAGCUACUUUGAGCCCUUGGUGAAAAAGGAGCAAAUGGAAGAAAAGAUGAGGACUAUCAGGGAAGUGAAAUGCCGAGUUGCAACAUGCAAAACAACAAGCUUCUUCAUUGUCUCUCUCUUUUUCUCUCUGAAGUGUAAGUACACCUAUUUCAAACUCCUGGAUUCGUGUGUGGAGCAAAGCCAUGACUAUCACUGGCAUGAUGGUGUAAAGCGAUUUUUCAAGUGUCCGUGUGGGAACAGAGCCAUCGCUCUUGACAAGUUACCCAAAAAGCACUGCAGCAACUGUGGUCUCUUUAAAUGGGAGCGUGAUUCAAUGCUCAAGGAAAAGAAAGGUCCCAAGAUUGGUGCAGAAACUCUUCUACCAAGAGGGGAAGAACAGCCCAAAUUCCUCAGCAGCAUGAAGUAACUGUGAAAAGUGCAUUCAUUAUCUCUCUGUUAUUUUCGUAUUUUUAACUUCUCCUAUUUCUGGUAAGACCCAUUAUCUAAAUGAAGGGUGAGGCCCUUCUUAAAGACUUGGUCACCCAGCAGUCUUUUUACCAUGAAAUCUGAAUGAUCUUCUACUUUGAGCUCUUUUAUUUGCUUUGAACUAUUGACUUGGUGAGACUCUUCCUUCUUUAGAUUUUAGUCUUCAUUCAAUGUAGGAAGUGCCUGUUUUCUUGGGCUGCAAAUUAAAACAAAGUCCUCUACAGUGCCAGGGGCGUGCCAUGGCAGAGCUUUCUCAGGUUGUGUAGUGGUGUCUGUGAUCAACAGGGAUUCAGCUGAGACUACCUCAACCACAAGGAAUGUUUACCAAGAUGUGCCUGCGUGUAGAGAAAAGGGCUUUGCAGUACUUGAAGACAUCAUCAUACUCCUCAAUUAUUGACACUAAAAAUCCUCCUUCUUUCUAGGGUUAGCAGAUUGUGUGAACACUGUAUCUCACAUCUGUGAGGACAGCACAUUACCAAGGUAUCCUCCGAAAUGCAGACCUUAGAACAAACCCUCUUAAGGAGCAGUGCCUUAAUUUCUCCUAAUGAAGGGGUGAAAAUAUCAUGUGAUUUUUAACAAGAUAGCUUUUUUAUUGCCUUUGCUUUUUAAACUUUUUUCUAGUUGGUGUGUUAAAAUCCAUUGUGCUGUGAAUAUUUUUAUUAGCAGUGUGGAAGGUACAGACUGCUUCAGAUAGAAAACUUGACUGCAAACAUUUCCCACAAACCACAACAGUUUGUAGAAAAACCUGUAGUUUUCCCCAAAUGGUCAGAGUACCUAGCCAUAAUAUAUUACACACAGAGAGAAGCAAUGGGACCCCAAAAUUAGAACAUAAAGCAAUGCAUUAACGUUCAGAUAAAAUCCUACAUUGGCUCUUUUGUCUUUCUUUCUAGUGUAGUUUGGAUUGGUAGUUAGAACUGUGCAUUUCUAAAGUUCUUAGCAUGAGUGUUUAGCAAUUGCCAUCAAUUAAUUCCACUUCCCUUCAGCUUUGCCCAUGUACAUAUAAUGCAUAUCAACUUUGCUUGCCGUCGUUAAUCAGUGGGGUGUAUUUUUUUGAAUAUGCAUUCUGAAAUUUAUUGAGAGUUGUUAAUAUUUAAAUGCAAUGCUGUGAUUUAAACAUAUACCUAAUGCCUGGAAUCUUAAUUAUAUGGUGCAACAUAAACAUAUUGUGUGGCCCUAAGGAGGCCAGCACAUAUUGUAAUGAUGAAUGCCGAUUAAAACUUCAUUUUAAAAAGGUA